CAACGUCGCUUUGUUGAUGAAAAGAAAAGGUGGCGAGUUUGUGUGGUGUUGAUUUGUUUCAAAAGUUUUUUUUAGCGUUAUAAAAACGAUGCUUAACUCCCGACAAAACUAUCUGAAUGCGAAGCGCUUUUCGGCGGAUCUGGCGCUCGAGCACAUCAUACCGCACAAUGUGUGUUUCUAUCUGAUUCCCCCGAUCGUGGAUCUAACGAUCGACGAGUUUGAGAAGCUGGCGCUGGAACGUUUGAAGAUGCUGCGACUGCUGGAACAGGUGACGGCUAAAAACCCGAAAAUAUCACCCGAUGCCUGGCGCGAAGCUGUCCUUGCCGAUGUGAAUCAAGCCGGACUUCGUACGUACGCCAAGCUGGCCCGUGGAAAUAUGAACGAUGAUGUCAGCAAAGCCGCUCGCCGCCGUGACUAUUUGUCACAUUUUAUUCUGCGGUUUGCGUACUGUAGGUCGGAAGAGUUGCGCCGAUGGUUCGUGGCACGUGAAAUGGAACUGUUUAAGCUGAAGUUCGGUGCAUUAUCAUCGCGCGAUGUGAAAGAUUUCCUGGAGGUGUACGAGCUGGACUACAAACCACUGCCGGAUGAAGAAAAGCAAGAAAUUUCCGAACAACUGUGCGCAAGCACGGCUAACCUAACGCGGCUUAAGAUCGAAACGCAAGAUUUCUAUGCGGUACACUUUACGGAAGUGUUAAGUCUGGUGCGCGAUCGAAAGUGCUUCCUGAAGGGUGGCACUGCUUACAUUACGCCAGACAAUUUUGCGCAUGUAAUCGGUAAGAAGCACCAGCAGCUCAUUGAGGACGGACUGAAAGGCCAUUUGCGGCUGUUGCCCACGUUGGAAAUCGACGAACGGUUUUCGAUGCUGCUGAAAUCGAUCCACACAUCGUACACGGGUAAGAACUACACGGUCGCCAAAACGGGAGCCGUACCGAUCGAGAGUCUCGAUCAGCUGUCGAAGAAAUCAUACGCACUGUGUAUGCGCAAUGUGCACGAUACGCUGCGCGGGACACAUCACCUGAAGCACGUGGGUCGAAUGCAGUACACGCUGUUCCAGAAAGCGAUCGGCGUCACGAUGGAGGACGCGUUGCGCUUCUGGCGUGAAGAACUCACACGCGGCAAGGUACCGAUCGAAAAGUUUGAGAAAGAGUAUGCGUACGCCAUUCGGCACAAUUACGGCAAGGAAGGAUCGCGUAUCAAUUAUUCACCAUUUUCCUGCAUGAAAGUGAUCACAACACCAAUCGGGCCGGGUGAAACGCACGGUUGCCCGUUCAAAAAUCUCGACCCAAGUACGCUGAAAAUGAAACUGACCGGAUACGGACUAACCACACUCGAUGCCGAAGAGGUUGCCGGAUAUGCGGCGAAAGGCCAUUAUCAGAUAGCGUGCGGGAAGUACUUUGAGGUGCUGCACGAAACGAAGCUGGAAGAGGGCAUUAAUCAUCCGAACCAGUACUUCGAACUUAGCCAGCUGAUGAUGGAGGGUAAGGAGCGCCCAAGGCAAGGUCACGCUCCGAAUCAAAUGCUUCGAAACCGGAACCACAGUCAACCGAACAGCCAAUCGACACAGGAUGGUGGAUCGAGCUUUGUGAUCGAUACGAGCACCCUUAACGGUGCGGAUGAAGAUAUGGAGCUAUGGGAAAUUAUGGAAUCGAAGGACAAGGAGGAGGCGGAUGUAACGCUACAGAAGGAUUCUGCACCGAUCGUCAAUAAGCAGCAACUUACUGCAAAUCAAGUCAAUUCGACACAGGAUUGGGAGGAAGACGAUUUCGAUAUGCUGGAGUUUAAUGAGUAAAUCUUAGGUAUAUUUAUGUACAAUUGUUAGUUAAUGCCAUUCGUUCUAUUUUUUGUUUUACAAAACGAUGGACAAUUUUGUGAGAAUAAAAAGGUUCGUUUUAAGCAAUCAUCUGGUUUAGCUUAGAGGGAAAAUUAAUUUUAAAUGUACUGGAGAUUAACAGAUAAACGCCUAGAUGUAUGCAAUUUGAAGUUACUGUUUACACGAUUAUUAAUUACCAGUCCACUCUUUAAUUAGGUUCAGGUUUAUCAAAACAGUUUUAUGUUGUAUGUCCAUGAAUAAAUCACUAACAAAUCAUUAAAUCACGAAUUUACUAACAAAAGAGAAGGCAUAAUCUUUUGUAAGAUUUUCUUAAAUUUUAAACCAAAGCACUAAAUAGUUAUGUUAAUGAAUAGGAUUUCUCGAAAAUGGAAGGCUUUUAUCAAUUAUCUGCAUUAUGUAAAUAAUUUUUCUGCAUGAUGUAAUAAAUUCCCGAUAGUUUUUAUUAUGUUCAUUCCAAUUUAUACUACUCUAUUCUUUUUUGUAGCAGUUUUGUUUGGCACCUCAUACUUUGGCAGUGAAUUGGGAACAUGCUAAUAAUGUCACGGUAUUUAGCACUUCCAUACACCAAUAUCGUCAAAUUCAUCUCGUCUCCAUACCAGAUACGGUACAAUCCCAUCGAACGACCGAAGGUCAACAACUCCACAUAAAAAAAGGCCGCCAGUACCAUCCGUGAUGACGUAAUGCUGCAGUAACGAUGAGAAGAAACUGCACAACAGCUUCGAAUCCCACACCGUACGGUGGGGAUUGUAGAUUGUUGGCAAUACAAUAGCAAAGCGACAAAUAAUUCAGCAUCGAUUUUUAGCAAAAUAAUAGUAAGGUUCGUUUUAUUUGUAAAUAUUUUCAAAAAUAAGGUAAUAAACGAAAGCAAAACGAGCUUACAAAUAAA